AUGCAUCCCUUAACACUGUAUGCCGUGGGCUUCGCGGCCUUCGGUUGGGUACUCUACCGUUUCAGUCAGGCUCUUGGAAAACGUAACGCCAAAUACAAUCCGCAGGGCCUUCCUGGACCGACCCUGAUCCCCUGGAUUGGACGUAUCCAUGACCUGCCCAUCGACUACAUGUGGUUGAAGUUCUACGAAUGGGGGCAGAAGUUUGGACCGAUCUAUCGUACGAAGAUGCUGGGAGCGAACUUUAUUAUCAUCUCCGACGAAGACGUGUGCGAGGAGAUCCUGACGAAAAAAGCCAAGAUCUAUUCAGACAGGCCCCAGAUCAAAUCCCUGUUUGAUGCCAAGAGCACGUACGGAUCUAUGGAAUACCUACCUCUCAUGGGUAGGAACAAGUACUGGGCGCGACAGAGAAAGUUCACUCACGCGUACUUGAUGGAAUCCACCAACAACCGCUACUACGGUAUCAUGGAGCUCGAAGCAAAGCGCUGGAUGUACAGGCUAUUGAAUGAGCCGGACAACUUCGGAUUCUCCCUCGAGGACAUGGCAUCCAAGGUUAUGUGCCAGCUUACCUGGGAUGACCACACCGUUAGCGAGCAACUCACCCCUAGCGCUUGGGGUCUGUUGACACAGAUGUCCCCGGCCGGUCCGAUUACGAACGUCCUGACGCCUCUUUGGGACUGGGUGCCUCACAUGAUCAACCCGUGGAAGAUUGCUGAACGAAAACGCCACGACGACCAGCAAGCAUGGUGGAUGGACCGUCUGGUGGCCACACGCAAGCGACUUGAGAAGGGCAAGCAGAGACUCUGCUACACACGCACAUACUUGGAAACCGCCGGGAAAACCGCCAUUUCGGGCGACUAUGAGGCUUCUUCUGUGAUUGGUAUGAUGGCCUUGGUUGGUAUCUUCACUGUCGCUGGACCGUUGUACUACUUCCUCGUGUCAAUGAUUCAUCAUCCAGAAUGGCAGAAGAAGUGCCAGGAGGAGAUUGACAAGGUCUGCGGGCAUCGGCCACCUACUCUUGCGGACAUGCCAUACCUUCCUGUCCUUCGCGCUUGCAUCAAGGAAACCAUGCGAUGGAGGCCCAACGUACCGACAGGUGUUGCGCAUGAGCUCGAGGAAGAUGACUGGCACAAAGGCUACUUCAUCCCGAAGGGAACUCGCAUCCUUCCGCUCGAUUACGCGUUCCUUCACAAUCCGGUGAAGUACCCCGACCCGUGGAAUUUCCGACCGGAGCGCUGGCUCGAGCCGGGCUGGCCUACAUAUAACCCCGACCUCACGAGGUUCCCCACCAUCAUGGGUAUGACCUCAUUCGGUUGGGGCCAGCGCCAGUGCCUUGGCCAGUCCAUCACUCGGGACGAGACUGUCGUCGCUUGUGGUGCUCUCGUGUGGGCAUUUAUCAUGAAGCGAAAGAUCGAUGGAGCCACCGGAAAGGAAAUCGAAGUUUCUACGGAGAAGUCGAACUCGCUCCUCAUCGUCAAGCCCGAUCCGUUCCAGAUGGCCUUCGAGCCUAGGAGUGAAGAGCGAAAGCAACAGAUAAUUGACGAGUGGAAGGUUGCUGAGGCAAAGGAUGCCGAGGAGAGGGCCGAAUUCUUGAGGGCCGCAGAGAAGAAGGAGGUUAUUGCAUGA